CUGGCUAGGGCUAAAGACAUCAUUUCCCAGCUGCCCUGGUCUCGUCUUUCACCUGGAAGUGCAGUUUUUCUAGCUCGACGAAAUAGUAGACCUAAACAUGACUACAGUGAAGCUAAUGCGAGCCAUUCGAGUUGCAGAGUUUGGUGGGUCAUCUGUUUUGAAACUUGCAGAUAUACCCGUACCAUCUCCUGGACAGAAACAGGUAUUAAUUCGAAUUCAUGCCUGUGGAGUGAACCCAGUAGAAACAUACAUUCGCUCUGGGUCCUAUGCACGAAAGCCGGCACUUCCUUAUACCCCUGGAUCAGAUGUUUCUGGAGUUGUUGAAGCUGUUGGGGAUGGAGUUCGGUUUCAUCAGACAGGUGACCGUGUCUUUGCCACAGCCACUGAAACUGGAGGUUAUGCUGACUAUGCGGUAGCAUCCGAAGAUGCUGUUCAUCGACUCCCUGACUCUUUAGAUUUCUGCCAGGGCGCGGCCAUUGGAAUCCCAUAUUUCACUGGCUAUCGCGCUCUGUUUCACAAGGCUCAUGCUAAAGCUGGGGAGACUGUUUUAAUCCAUGGCGCCAGUGGUGGUGUAGGAAUAGCUGCUUGUCAGCUUGCACGUGCUUUUGGGCUGAGGGUUCUGGGUACAGCUGGGACCUCAGAGGGCAUGGAUCUGGUGUUGAAGAAUGGAGCCCAUCAAGCCUUUAAUCACAGAGAAAAAGAUUAUGUAGCCAAAAUAAAGGAAGCCACCAAUGGACAGGGGGUAAAUGUGAUCAUAGAGAUGUUGUCUAAUGUUAAUCUUGGCAACGAUCUACUGAUGUUAUCCUACGGUGGUCGAGUAACUAUUGUUGGCUCUAGGGGUCCUAUUGAGAUCAACCCCCGAGAUAUCAUGAGCAAAGAAUCCAGCAUCACUGGAGUGGCAUUAUUCUUUGCAACUAAAGAGGAGACUGCCGAGUGUGCUGCUGCCUUGUUUGCUGGGAUGGAGGCGGGUUGGCUGAAACCUGUUGUUGGGCCUCAGUUCCCUCUUGAGAACGCAUCUCAGGCCCAUGAGGACAUCAUCAACAGCCCUGGUGCUGCAGGAAAAAUGGUCCUUAUCAUGUGAACGCAGGGGGAAAAAAAUGUUAUGUCACUGAGGUGCAGGACUUUUAAAAAUUUGAAUUACACAUUAAACAAUACAAUUUCAUCAUUA